AUGCCCAAAUCGAAAUUUGCAUGCGAACUUUGCCACAAACCGCUUCGCAAUCUGGGCGAGGCAAAAGCUGUUCAUGACCGAACCUGUCCAGGCUUCAAAGCCUUGCACAUUCAAUCUGUGGCGCAUAUCCAUCAACAUCUUCGAAACGCAGCACAAGCCCCUCCGUUACAUGCAGACCCAGUCGGGGCUGUCGAAGUCCCACAGAUGGUAGUGCAGGAGAGCGAGGCUCCUGUCCUUCGCCCAAGUGGUCUUCCAAAUCGUCGUCGUCGUGCUCCAGCCAAGUUGAAGGAUGCUGCUCCCCCCCCACCACCAAGAAUUCGCGGGCCGCAGAAGUGGAUUCGCACUGAAAUCGAUGCUUUUGGACUUUAUAAGGUUUAUCCCCAACGUCCAACCCAUGACCCUGACUCGCACAUCACAUCCCAAGAACUUUACAAAGUCGAAAACCCAGCUGUAGUGGGACUAGACAACUUCCCGUUGCCGAAAGAGCCGUGGUUCUACCCUUUCCCCAACGCGUCAGUUGCACACAUGAUCAAGUACCAUAUCGAGGAAGAUCACGCGGGAUCCAUCGGCGCCUUUGACCGACUUGUGCAAAAUGUUUUACAGCCUAACGAGGAGGCUCAAUCGGACGGGGUCGAUCUGCGUGAACUUCCCAUGCCGUUUUCAACAAAAAAGUUCCUUGACGAUCUCGAUAAGAAAGGGAUCGAGCCUUUGGGUAUAACUGAGAAAUGGAAACAGGGUAGUGUUGCUCUGAAGCUGCCUUGUGUGGGUCGAGAGCAGAAAGAAUCGGCAGCCCCGGAAUUCAUGAUCACAGAUAUUCAUUACCGUCCACUUCUCGAUCCUAUCAAGGAAGUUCUUCAAGGUCCUCUCUUCCAGAAAUUUCAUACGACCCCAUUCUCUUUGCGAUUCAUCCCCACAACAGAUGAUAUCCCGCUCCCUCAUGCUGACGCUGAACUCGAUUCCAAUAUUUGGGGACUGCCAAAUCUUCCUGCUGGUCAUGAAGAGGUAUUUGGAGAGGUCUAUUCAUCAGCGGCGAUGCUGGAAGCAUACGACGCGAUCCCGCAACCUCCACCCCCUCAAUCACCAGAUGAUCCUGUGGAGAGUAUUGUCGUUGCUCUCAUGGAAUGGUCUGACGCCACCCAUCUCGCUCAAUUUGGCACGGCUUCGCUCUGGCCCGGUUAUACAUUCUUCGGCAAUCAUCCCAAAGAUUUCAGAGGUAAACCGUCUUCGAACGCAGGUUUCCAUCAAGUGUAUUUCCCGAGUCUUCCCGACGCGAUACAUGAUGCAUACCGCCAACAUUACAGCUGUGAUAUGCCCGACGAGGUCUUCACUCACCUUAAGCGUGACCUAAUGCAUCGCAUCUGGGACCUUUUGCUCGAUGACGACUUCAUGGACGCGUACAAGAACGGUAUCAAAAUCAAAUGUUGGGACGGCAUUGUCCGUCUGGUCUUCCCUCGCUUUUUCAUCUAUGGCGCGGAUUAUCCUGAAAAAGUUCUACUUGCUACUAUCCGAAGCAUGGGUGGCUGUCCAUGCCCUCGUUGCUUCAUUCAGAAACACCAAAUCGCCGAGACUGGCACAGUCAAUGAUAUGAAGCGACGAGAAGUCAUUCGUGUUGAUGACCACCCUCGGAGAUCAACCAUCGAGGAUGCGCGCAGAGCUAUCUUUGAGAAUGGUUCUGCUGUUGCGGGCUCUUCCAUCAACAGGAUGCUCCAAGCCAAGUCUUGGGUUCCGGUUCGGAAUGCGUUCUCCAAACUCAACACUGAGACAACAACCUUCAACUUUUAUACAAUGUUCGUCCCAGACCUCCUGCAUGAAGUCGAAUUGGGAGUGGUCAAGGCAAUCCUCACUCAUCUGAUUUGCAUGCUGCAAACCUUCAAGAACGUCGGAGAAUUUGAUUCACGAUUCCGCCAAGUAGGAACAUUUGGGCGGUCGGUGAUACGUUCCUUCGGCAGCAAUGUUUCUGCAAUGAAAUAUGCAGCUGCGAGAAACUUCGAGGAUGUUUUACAGUGUAUACUCCCCGUCAUCGAGGGAUUAUUUCCUGAUCACCAACGUCUUAUCGAUCAACUGUGCUUCGAGCUAGCAGUGUGGCAUGGAUAUGCCAAACUACGCAUGCAUACGACCUCCACUGUCGAAAUCUUCCGAACUGCUACUAAGGAUUUGCUUACCUCCAUUCGACGCUUCGCCCGUGAAACUGCAAGUGUAAAAACAUACGAGCUGCCUCGAGAGGAGCGGCAACGAACAAAGAAAGCAGCCAAGAAAGCGGCAACACUUGACCAGCAGGCUCCUGUGCCGGAAUCCCAGCCCACCGCUUCAGUCAACGACGCCCAGUCCAAACCCAAACCCAAACCCAAACCCAAACCCAAACCCAAACCCAAAUCCAAAACUACAUCCAAAUUCACAACCAAAUCCGCACCCGUACCCCCGCCUGUAUCCCUGCCUGUACCCCCGCCUGCGCCCCCGCCUGCGCCUGUACCCCCGCCUGCACCCGCACCCUCCACUACACCAGACGUGUCAGCUACUACGGCAUCAACAUCCCUUGAAGAUCCCAGUCCCGUACUCGUUACCACAUCUACGCGACCUCGAGAAAAAAUAGAAAAACCAUUCAACAUGAUCACUUACAAAUUGCACUCAUUGCCCGACUACCCGGAUUCCAUUCUGCGAUUCGGAACCACAGACUCCACCUCAACCCAAAAUGGAGAGUUAGCUCAUCGGCUCGUGAAACUGCUCUACCGAAGGACAAAUAAACGUGAUCAUGUCCGGCAAAUCGCGAAACAUGAGCAUCGUCGACGUUUGAUCCGUGCGAUGUGGGAACGGCGCAAGUGGUACAAGGAUCGAGAGAAGACCACGACAACUAGCGCAACGGAAGGAACAGUCCACACCAACCAAGGCACUUCCAACACCAAUCAACAAGCUGGUCGCCGGCGGAAACUACAGUCCAGCUUGCGCCCGAAACCCCAUUCUUCCUAUGGCGCCUACGUGCCACCAGAACAACACCAUUAUAUAUCGGAUUCUCGAAGAUCCUUCUGGCGUCUUUCCGAUCUCGAGUUCGAUACAGACUCUGAUUCUGGUGGUGACGGGCCUGCUUUGGCUCGCAUGGAGAUUGAUAAGCAAGAUGACCCCGCCUUGAAAAAUUUUGUUCUUAAUUUGAAGGCUCAUUUGCGCUGUCGCCUACUCGACUUGGAAGAGAGCGAUGACAUGCCGUUUAGCCAAGACGAUCUAAUCAAGGUUGUCAUCGAGAAGGAAUUACUCUACACUCACGCGACAAUGCGGGUGAAUUAUACGACAUACGAUGUUCGAAGGGAUCAAGACAUGUUGAACCCACGUACACGAAAGUUCUUCAUGGUUCACGCGCAGGAUUCCGUAGACCCCCACCGCUUUUGGUAUGGGGAAAUCCUGGGUAUAUUUCAUGCAUAUGCGUCUCUUCUGGACCAGCCGGGCAAACCAAAGCGCCUUGAAUUCCUUUGGGUGCGAUGGUUCCAACGAGAUAUGACAUAUUUGUGUGGUUUCAAGGCGAAACGGCUACCUCGAUUGUGUUACAUGCCCCACCAAAGCGAAAUUGCCUUUGGCUUCCUGGACCCGCAAGUUGUUGUUCGUGGGUGCCAUUUGAUUCCUGCCUUCAGCCAUGGACGCACAACCGAAUAUCUACCGAAAUCAAUCGCUCGCCCUGAAGCAGCAUCGGAUCAAGACUGGCGGUUUUAUUAUGUGAACAUGUUGUCGAUCGAGACAUGCUUAUGCGAUACCACAGUAAUGUGGUUGGCCAUCGCAGUGCUGCACCGAAUGUGGAUCAAGAUGUCCCCAUGCUUGAUGUACCCAACGAAGCUACUGCUGAUCAGCAAGAUGUCCUGCUCGGGGAUCAACUGGUGA